AUGGCUGAAGCAGUAGUGUCAAUUGUUGUGGCAAGGCUUACUGAUUUAUUGAUUGAAGAACCCGUGGCUCUUCAUGGACUCAAGGAUGAAAUUCAACAAGUGGUGACCAAGCUCGAGUUGAUGAAGACAUUCUUACAAGAUGCUGAUUCGAGGAUAAGUGAGUAUCAAGUCCGGACUUUGGUUGCUGACAUACGAGCACUUGCUUAUGAUGCUGAACAUGUUGUAGAAACCUUUAUUGUUAAAGCUUCAUCCUCUGCAUGGAACAGAAGAAAUCAAGCAAUCAAGAUCAAAGAUAUAGAAAGCAAGAUGUCUCUCCUCUCUGAUCGUAUUCGUGAAAAUAACAUUAAAUCAACAUCAGAAUCAUCAAAUUCAUCAUCUGAAGCACCUGGAAAGCUAAAGCGAUUUCACUCUUUCAAAACCCUUGAGCCAGAGAUAUUUGUUGGAUUUCAUGGAGACGUUGAUCGACUGGUGGGACAUUUAAUGAAUGAAAGUGAUGAUUGUUACCCGCUUAUCUCUAUUUGUGGAAUGGGAGGUCUAGGUAAGACAACUCUUGCUCAAAAAAUAUACAAUCAUCCAACCAUUAAAGCAUCCUUUGCUGGUUUAGCCUGGGUUUCCAUUUCGCAGAAGUGGCAAACGAAACUGGUGUUGCAGCGAAUACUGAUAUGUCUCAUCCAUGAAAAGAAAGAGGAAAUACUUACUUGGGACGAUGACAACAGUAAUGUGGAGGUUGCUGUGCAUGUAAAUCGAGAAGGAGUCAUAUACCAACCAGAAUGCCUAAACGCAGAACAAAGUUGGGAGCUACUUAAGUUGAAAGCACUUCCCAGAGGGGAUCAUCUAGAUUCUAGAGAUACAUUUACAGUGAUGGAAAAAAUGGGAAGAGAAAUGGUUAAAAAAUGUGCCGGUCUUCCACUAGCUAUAGUCAUUUUAGGCGGUAUUCUUGUAACAAAACCUUCAGUGAUGGAGUGGGAGAAGGUAUAUGCUGAUAGUUUAUGGUCCCUGCAGAAGGGAAAAGGAUUAGGAGAAGAUCAGCAAAGAGAGUUAUUUCAUGUUCUAGUCUGGAGUUACAAUGAUUUACCCCCACAAUUAAAGCCAUGUUUUCUGUAUUUGGGUAAAUUUGGUGAAGAUAAAAUGAUAGAAGUAGAGACCCUGUAUCAGUUAUGGAUUGCAGAAGGGAUUGUACUGUCGACGGAUAAAAGGGAAGGAGAGACAAUGAUGCAAGUAGCUGAAUCGUAUAUGGGGGAACUGGUCCAUAGGAGUAUGGUUCAAGUGACAUUUCAAGAAGUUGAAUCAUCUCCUACAAAGAUAAAAUAUUCCUUUCUUCAUGACCUUAUGAGAGACCUAUCUCUCUCCCAAUAA